UUUUCUGCCAGCUGCUGAGGCAAAUUAAGAUAGAAAAGCAACUUCCACCAUCCUUACUUAAACACGAGAAAAGGACCGGAGGGCAAAAAAAAAAAAAAAACUCAAAACUCAAAAUUCCCUCCAUCGUACAAAGCCAUUUUUCUUCUUCUUCUUCUUCUUAGCGAAAGAUGAGCCCUCCGAGCUUCGUAUCAGUCUCGCUCUUCUUCUUCUUCUUCUUCUUCACUCUUCGUCUGCACCAAGCAAGAGCGGGCAGCAGCUUCAUCUACGCUGGCUGCUCCCCAUCCAAAUUCGAGCUCAACUCCCUCUACCAAUCGCACCUCAACUCCCUCCUCGCCUCCGUCGCGUUCUCGGCCUCCCAAACAUCCUACAAGGACUUCCCGGACUCCGACGUCUACGGCCUCUACCAGUGCCGGAACGACCUGAGCUCCUCCGACUGCUCGGCGUGCGUCCAGAGCGCCGUGGGUCAGCUCAGCCUCGUCUGCGCCCAGUCGUACGCCGCCUCCCUCCAGCUCGACGGCUGCUUCUUCGGUACAGGCAACAGGACUUCUCUCGCAAGGAAACCCCGACACGGUCGCUUUCGACCAGAAAUGGCGCGAGCAACGCCAGCGACGGGGGAGUUCCUCCGGAGGAGGGACGACGUCCUGGACGACCUGCAGGCGGCGCGGGCCUUUCGGGUGAGCGGCUCGGGGCGGUUCAGGGCAACCGCCCAGUGUUUGGGGGACCUCGAGCGCGGCGGACUGCGCCGCUUGUCUCGUCGCGGGCGCGUUGGGGAUCUUCGGAUGAGGAGAGACCCGAGGAAUUUAUUCCAGCAUAAAGGCAACGAUGAGGUAGGAAAAGGGGUACAAAUGGAUGGAAUUGAAAUCAAUGUUCCGGCUCUAAACUUAUCUAAAAGAAGGCUAUUGACGCGCACAGACUACACGGACGACGACAUUGGGAAAACGGUAGCAAUUAUUGUGGGCAUACUGGCGGGGCUUGCCGUCAUAGUCGUCCUGCUCUCCUUCCUCAAAAAAGCAUGCAUAGAAGAGAUCAUAGUUCAUAGUGCUUUUAAUAUACCUCAUAAUUCGUUUUGUUGCAAACCAAUGAGAUUCCUUUGGCAUCUCUAUGAACCUACUCAUGAGUCCUACGCCAUGGACGAUGUCAAGUUUAGUGAUAGUGAGCUCCUCAUUUUGAUUAGAGCUAUGCUUGCUGGUGACGUGAAACUAUCGGAUGAAAAUCUGCUGCUUCUGAAUGAUGAUGCAGAUAGCACUGAAAUUCCCACUCAUGAAGAUGAUGAGGCACCUUGUGUCAGAGUUUGUACACCUGCAUCUUGA